GCGUGAGGGAAAAAGUUGAGUAGCUAGAGUUCUAAUUUGCAAUGCCCCCGCAGGAUUUCGCAUUAAUAAUAAAUAAUGUGAAUUAUUUCGGGGAAUUCUAAGUUCUUUGCUAAAUAAAUGUUGAGUAAUUAAUAUAACACUUACACCCCAAUUAUGGGAUCCACGUGUAAAUACAGUGUCGAGGAGACGUUGGUCUAUACCCACCAUCAAAUCGUCUAAAAUCAAUAGCAAUGAUCCUCCUGAUUGUAUAGCUUGUUUGUGUAUAAAAUCUUCCCCGGCAUUUGGUAACCCGUUAUGAACAAUAACGCGGGUUUGUCCUUUAUCAACAAAGCCGCUCCUUUGCAUUUGCAAAAUAUUUUUAUUCAAUUCCCCAUAGCAGUAAAAUACCAACGAAAUAGUUUUAUCACCACUUACCAUUUCCGUCAAAUUUUUCAAAAAUUUUUUAACCCAUUCUGAUUUUC